GCCCAGAGGUGGCAGCAGGUGGGGAGCGUGGCGUGGGGACGCGCGUUCCUCACUCUCUCACGCGUGGAGCACCCCCUACGGCGGCGGCUGCAGCUCACAGGUAGGUGUGGUGUGGCACAGGGGGCACGUGGGCGCUGUGCCGGGUCCUGGAGGUGCAGGGUGCCCCACAGCACCCGGCGGGUGUCUGUGUGACCGUCGAAUGCUGAGGUGAGGUGUGGGCGCUGUGGCACGCUGGCACCACAUGGCUGUGAGGGUGGGACGGCGGCACUCUGCGCCUCGAGCGCACCACUGGGUGCUGUGCGGGGUUGGGAGCGGCUGCCUGUGUGGUGCUGCCUGCUGCUCGUGGGUUUUCUCCAAAGCAUGGUGAGCGCUAAGGCUGAGCGCUGCGUUGUAUGGGUUGUGGGGACAGUAAGGAGAAAAAGGCUUGUUAUUUUUGCGCAGUAGCGUGCUGGUGGGACUUCAGGUGGAAGAUCCUGACGCGGACAGGUUUGUGUGCUGAGCGGGAGGAAGGAAAGGCCCGGUUGCGCCUCAGGAAGCUGUUGGCGUGUGAGGCUGUCACAGAGGCCUGUGUCAAACAUAAUGGGAUGCAUCAGUCGGUGUUCCUGUAGAAAAUGAGCGUGUGUGCUUGUAAUGUUCCUUAAGUAACCAAAAUAUUGAAACCAAAUUGAUGGUUGAGUGCUGCAUUCUAAUUUUGAUGUGGCAUUAGGGCCUGACAGAGGUGUAGCGUUCUCGAUCUCUUAAACUUUGACAGAUAUUCAGUGGAAAUAUCUACAUGGCAAUGUUCUGUUUCGUCACAGUGAUGCUGUAAUAGGUCUAGGUGUUGUAAUGACAGUGGGACCAUUAUCGUGAGUAGGGUUCUUGGGUGGAAAAAUUGAGUGGAAUUGUUGGGGGAAGAGAUGAGGUGGGAACUGCCCAGCUCAAAUGUUUUUGGCAACAAGCAUUGAGAUUAAAAUGGCAGCCCUUGUGCAAUCACGGACAAAUAACACUUUGUCCGUCUGGCUGUCUUACUGAACAAGGUUUCUACAUAGCAGAGCUUAAUAGCACACUCUUGUUUGGUGAAUAUCCCAGGCUGUUCAAGUAAAUAUAAUAUUGUUAUAAAAAAAACUCAUUGGGAUUUGCGUCUGUAAGAUCAGAAUACUGUACAAGCAUGCUGUUUGGCUUUCACUUGAAAGUUUGAAUAUAUUUUAGAACAUUAUCUGGUGUACUUCUUUUUUUCUAGUUACGCUUAUUACCGUUACUAAUAUUAUAUAAGUCCUUAAAAACAUGGAAAGCGUGCUUUUAGUGUCUGACUAAGUCUGAAAUUAAAACAUUCAAAGAUGAACUUUCUACACAGGUGAGUUUAUAUGAACGUAAAAAAUAUGUAUGAUCUUCUGAUUACUGUUUUCUGCAGUCCCAUGGGAAAGUAUGAAAGGGUAUUACUUUGAACGUUAAGAAUUCUUUGGGUGAAUUAGGGGGAAAUGCACAGAGAACACUACUCUUUGGUAUGUGGUUAUGGGUAGGUAGUUUCUCAGUUUUCAGACCACUGAACUAAUAGUGGUUGUCAGAACUAGCAUAAAAUGAAUUUCCUAAUGCUUAUGUGGGGACUUAUACAAUUCAUGAAUAAUGGCAAUUAAUCCCACUAUUUAUUCCUUAUAUUUGCUGGUUUUGUUACUAUUUUAUGUACUUCAUGAAUACCAAAUCAAGUUCUUAUGUACAUAUAAUGCAGAAAAAAAUGUCAAUGUUCACUUUGGAUAGUAGUACAUUUUUUUUAUAAUUAAUAACUGAAUAAAUAUAAACAGUAACACAAAAUUUCCUAUAAUUGCUCAUUGUGUGCUCUUUUCAAAGAAUCUUGAUCUUCAUGUUCUCAUUAUUCUAUUUCUAACUUAGUAGUCUUAGUAGAAUGUAGUCUUACUACAUUCUCAGAGUAAAAGCUUUCUUAUCAGUUGCAACCUUGCCACCAAGUGUAGCAGUGCUAAACUGAUGUUCUUGUGAUAAUGUGGCGCAGUUCUGUAUUUUGCUGCAUGAAUUUGACAAGAUUAUCUUGGUUGUUGUAUAGACUCAAAAUUGAUCAUACUUAACAGAAUUGAUUCAUAGUAGGAUACAGUAUUACAUAGAUCAAUUAAAAUAGUCAUUAUGAUGCUGUUUUUGAGGGAUCUGUUAAAUCUCAUUUCCCAUCCAUUACAAAAUCUGUUUUCAAUGAGAUCCUAAUCCCAGAAGACACGCAUGCAUUCCAUGUUCUGUGUUUGCUGAUGCCUCCUGCUUUAGUUUGCAUUGGUAUGCCCAUUUCACACAUGCAGAGGCUCAGCAUCAGUUGUUGUAUGAUUUUUUUUUUUUUUUUCUAUAGAAGGUCUUCUGAUAAUGCUUCCAGAAUUUGGGAUGCAAGGACAGGCAGCAUGGUCUCAUACAGGCAAAUGCUUUACCCCUCAACCAGGGAAGGUGAUCUUAGUAGCCAAGAACCUGAACAACAUAAAAAUAAUUUUAAAUAUUCAUUUUGCAGAAUAUUAAGCUAACAGUUAAAUAUAUUAAACAACUUUUAAAAUCUUGUUUUAGUAACUAAUUUCUAAUUUCUAAUUAGAAUUAAAAACUAAAUGUGCUUGACUGAUUUCUGGGAGAAGAUGUUUUUUUCCAUAAUGCAAAACAUGCUUUCAGGCUGAAAAGUAGAUGAUUAAACCAUAUGUUACAUUUUCCUCCCAAAAUAAGACACCAUCAAUUUCCCUAAAUCUAGGUGUUUUUUUAAUAGUAAAAAUAUUAAUUAGGCAUACCUGUGCUUACUGGCAGGAAUUUUAACUGUGUCAGAAAUCUCAGUUAUUUAUGGAAUGUAGACAAUAAAGCCAAAAUAUACCUGAUUCACAUGUUGUUCUUUGGUAGUUUGUGGGAAUGUAUUUUUGUUGUUUGAACUUCACUUAAUAUUUGUCUGCAGUGCACGCUAGUUACGUGUUUGUAUUGUGAAUUUAUUUUGGAAAUUACUUCAGUGAUACAGAUGUAAAUUACAAUUUUCCUAAGAAACAUUUGAUCAGAAAAAUGAGUUGCAAAUCAUAAAAUGAUCAAGAUUUAUUAUUUUAUUUUUGUUUAUCCAAUAUAUUUUUAUAUAAAUGUUUUCCUUUAUAAAUAGAGUGUUUCUUGGUUACAACUAUGGCUGUGCUGUUGACUUCUCUAUGUAAUUUUACAGUGAGAGACUUACCCACAUGGAUGUAGCAGUUAAAAACUGAUCAAUACAAAUGGCACUUUAACAGUGUACGCUUUUAAGUCAGGAAUUUUAUUUAUUCUUAUCUCACUAUGUCCUGUAGUAUAUGGAAAAAAAUGCUGUCCUGAUUUCACUGAAGGAGCAAUAUUUGAAGCUGCAGUGACUUACCUCACUCUCUAUCUGCUUUUCAGAUAGAAUGGUAGCUGUCAUGUGGGAUUUUUUUCCUUUCUUGGUUUUUUAAAUCCUGAUUUCUUUCUUUUCUGACAGCUCGUUAAGCACCAUAGAGAUUGCUUUAGAGGAAAAUGUAUCUCUGUGUGCAACUAGUUUGUGUUUAAUUGGACAGUCCUGGGGUGUUUUAUCUGAAUAAACUUUAGAAGAGAAUUGCGUAGUAUCUCAUAUUUUAAAUUCCUGCAGUUGUGUCUUGUUUUGGUUGUUACAGCCUGGUGGCUGAUUCCAAAGGGGUAACUGUAGUAUUUUAGUUUUGAGUUUUUCAGUCAUGACUAUUUUUGCCAACCUUAGAGUUUUGUGUACCUUUUCAAAGGCAAAUUUUUUUGUAACAUUCUGGACUCUUCAUUUUCAUUAGAGAUUUUCAUGUUGUGAUAAUAGUCUGUUUAGGUGUUUUGCUUUUCUUACUUGUUUAUUUUCUCUCUCUCCAUUUCUGUAGCAACGGGAGUCUGGAAAUCCUUGACUUUGUAUAGGAUGUUUAAGCCUCAAGUUCAUUUUGGUCUAUAGAUCAGAAUCUAAAACUGAGUGUGAUCAAUUUCAGGGAUAUAAAGUCCUGAUACAGAAACUGUAUCUUCAGAGUACAUUAAUUUCUUUUAGAUUGGUAUGGAUAGAACUAGACCAAUGUAUUCUAUUUCUUUUCUGGGUACAAACCAUGGUAUUGAAUCUAGUUUUGUUUUUACUUCAGUUGCAUAUUCUGGCUUUAGUUAAUGUUAAUUUCUGAUUAUUUAGUUCCUUUUGCGUACGUAGAGCAAAACUGUAACAUCUAUGGACAGUAGAAUUGCAAUUACGCUUGAGCUUUAUGUGGCUUUUUUUGUUUUCAUUUGAGGUUACAUUAAAUGCCGUUAAAAACCAGAAUGUUAGUGAAAAAUGAACGUUCCACAAAGUUUUUCAAAGUGCAUAAGGAACGUCAAAUGAGGUUGUUAAAUGAUACUUGUGAUAUGCCACUAACAAGAACAAAAUGUUUAAACGUUUAUUUUAAGUAUAAAAUAGCGGGCAGUAUGACUGAAUGUUUUUUGAUUGUGUUACAGCCUCACAAAGUUUUAUCAGAAACCUGCACACCUCUACUAUGAUAGCCCUAUCUUAUGUGAUCGUUGUCUAUCACUUGAUGUGUUCUCAAAAAAUUUUGAAAGACUUGUUUGUUUUCAGGAAAUCUGACAGUAGUGAGUCUCAAAGACGAUUCCUGAAAAUGCUGUACAAAUAGGCAGCUGGGGUUUGGAGACACUGUCAUUCUCCCUGAUGAGGAAAGAGACAUGGAGAACCUGGCAGUACUGCAUUGUUUUGGUGUGAGUGGUAGCUGGUCAGUCUGGACAUAGGUAUGUCAGUCAGUAUGAGGCCAUCACGUUAGUAUACAACUUCAGGCUGCAUAAUACGUAUCUUGCUUGCUGUGGUAAAGCACCAAUGAUAACCUGGGGUCACUGACAAAAAGUGACAAGGCUGUUCAUAAAUUUGCAGGAAACAGUUUUGUUGUUCCUAGCUCAUCAUCUAGUUUGGUACCACUGGCGUAUACUUUUAAAAUUGUCAGUGUAUUUAACAGCAAGUUUGUCUCUCCCAUUCCACAUCUCUUUUUUCAGUGAUGGUUCCCUGGUGUUGUAGCUGAAGGUGUAUUAGUAGCCAUGUAGUAUUAAAUACAAACAACAAAGGAUCAGGUAUUUAACAUUCCAUCAUGUCACUCCAAAACAAUUCGGAGUAUUAUUAUGUGUUUGUAUAAAAGCCCUUUAUGUUCCUUUGUGAUUUGUGAGUUACUUGAAAACAAAUGAAAAAUAACACAGUGGGUGGAUUUAAGAUGUUUGAUUUUGGGUUGUGCAUACUGUAUAUGAAUAAAAACUGUAUUUCUGAGUUAUCAGCUCUUAGAAGACCAUAAUUUGAUGUUUGUUCCUGGAAGAAAUACAUGAAUUAGAUGUCUGUCCACAGAAUAAUCUUUAAGUAGUUUCCUUAUUAAGACACUUAGGUGAUAUAAUGCAGUGUAUUUGGAAUGUGUAAUCUACAGAUUCUACAUACAGAAAAAAUAUUUUUCUUUUCUAGAUUCAAUUUCUGGAAAUGAUGUUAAUUUACACACUUAAGAGAUACAUGAACGCAAAUACUUAAUCUAGCUGUUAAAACAACCUGCAUAUUUGUAAGGCUUUGUCACUUUGUUCUGUCCUGUGCAUGUCUGCAGUUUCACUGUGCUGUAAGGAAAUGUUAAAUUAAAAAAAAAAAAAAAAAAAAAAAAGAAGGACAUCUGAUGUGACAGAAAGGUCUUUCCAUAAUUGUCUCUAACCUGGACUUGUAGGAAGAGCUUUGACUUCCCUUGAUUACAGUGUUCAUUGUCUGAUGCUCAUUGUGGACUUUCCCCCAACUCCGUCAUAGCUUAAUUUUUAUCUAACAUAAUUCUAUCAUAGCUUGUUUUUAUCUAACAAGUUCUUGCUGUCCUAUGUGUGAGUUGUUUGUUCAAGUUAGGUUAAUGUCCCUAAUAAGUAUAGGAAUAAAGCAUGUUUUUUGUAAGUGAUCUAUUGAAACUUCCAAUCAGAUUCAUACAAACAAUUGUAUUUGCUAAUGAAUUUUAUCAAGAAUUGUCUUGUAUGCUUAUUGUUAAUAAACAUACUACUCAAAAGAAGAGGGUAAGCAAGAACUGAGUAUGUUUUGGUCACAGAACUGUGCAUGAUACACAAUAGACUGAUCUUUACAUGUACAACUUCAGCAAAAGUAAUGAUUUAUGCUUUGGUUACUUUUUACUGAUGUUGCAUUGUGAAGUGACUUAAAACCCUGUCUGAAAAAGAAAAAAAAAUAUUGAAAACUCUGCCUCCUCUUGAUUCCUUAGGCUAGAAACCAUAGUACAUAUAAAAUCUGACCCUACUUCGUGACAUUGUGGGGAGGAUGAGGGGUCCACUCUUAGUACUUUAAUGAGGAAACAAUGCAGCUAUUAGGGAAAUUACAGGGUGUAGUUCUUUGAGUUUCUUGUUUGAUGUUCAUGAGAAGGUUGGAACAGAGAAGCUCUGGUUUUAAAAUUUUAACAUGUGACUAGAAUCAUUGAACUUUCUGAAAUGUUACCACAGCGAGCUGGCUCCUCAUCAAAAGAGGGCAGAGUUAAGGUUAUUGGGAGUUUUUAUUAUGUGUGUAAGCAAAAUCUUAACGUAUGAGGUUAGUCAAGUUCAAAAUCAAAUUUAAAUACUUUUAAAAAUGCUUGAUUUUACUUACUUCUGAAUUUUGGAGAAUCUAUACAGAUGCUAACCCAGAGAGCAAUUAAAAAAUUGCAGUGCCAUACUAAUAUAGUAAUUCGACAUUAAUACGGGUUCACUUUAAUGGUUUCUGGACCAAAGUAUUCACAGAUUAGUUAUUUAAAUACCAAUUCUGUGUUUAGUUAAACAUCUGAUUUUUAUGUUGAUAUUUAGUUAACAUUAAACUAUUAACACAACUGUGCAGUUGAGUAUAUGGAAGUGAAGUCUGAGUAUGUUCCCAUGGUUUCUUAGCACUCGGAUUUUUUUUGAGACUAGAUGUCUGUAUUAACACGUCAUCCACUCUGCAUUCCUGAAGCUUUGUGAUUAGGUGAUUUACCGCUGCAGUCAGUGUGUGAUACUGUUUCUAUUCUGUCUAGGUCAGUGGGAGUGAUCUCUUUUUUUUUUUUUUAAUCAUUAUUUUUAUUUAAACCAAGUAGUUAUGCCUAUUCAAACCUAUUUAACUUAAGAGUUUUCAUCUACAGUAAGACCAAAUGCUAGAGAGUGCAAUAUUGUACAAGCGCAGUUCUUGGGUUCCAGACGGAAACAUUCCAGGUUUACAUUGAACAUGUAGGACUGCAGAUCAGAAUUCAGGUUUUGAUUUAGUAUUCUUGUAGGUGCAGUAAAUACAGACUUCUCUUCCAUUUAAAAUAUUGUCACUAUAGAAAUCAAAAUGAAUGCUUACUUACAGAUGAAAUAGCAAGUCUGAGUUUAAGGAUGUUGCAAGCAACUGCAAAUCCCUGUAAGCUUGAAGGCAUUUUAUAUAUGAAGGUUAAGCUUAAGUUUAAGCAACAUGGAGUUAUAAGUGGUUAUUCAAAAACUUUUCUUUUGAAUUAGUCACAAAGUUAUUUUGAUGUAGUUAUACAUCUUCGAAGAAAAGCUUCAGUAUAGUGGGUAAUUUUAAAGCAUCUCACAUAUACUGAAAUUCUCUACUCACAAAUUUGCUUAAGAGACUUGUCUUUUGGGCAUUUGAACUUCAAUUGUGCUUUAUUUAAUGCUUUGACUGUAAUAACUUCUGUAGUAGUUGAUUACAUGCAUAUGACUGUUCUUUCCCUUGUUUUGCAAACUGUGCUUUUUUUCUUUGUUCUUGUAUUAGGCAAGUAGUGCAUUUCAAGGUUUUAAAUUUCCAAUACUAGUGGUGAUGAGUACACCAAACAUCUCUGCUGGCAUGAAUAAUCAGUCCUGAAAUAACCGGCUACAACUGGUGACAGAUACAUGCAGUUACGUAAGCUUAGAUAUUUUCAUAAAAGAAUGGAUGGAGGGCAUGUUCUACUUCUUUGGUAAAGGUUAGGAAUAAUUCAGUGUUAAUUUCUUUCAAAAUAGCUCAGUCUGUUCUUGCAAUUAUUUUAAAAUAGCUGUAUUUGGCUUUUCUAGAAGGGUUACAUGAUGAAGCAAGGCAGAUAUGGCAAUGCUUCCUCCAGAUCUCAUGCACUAUUGCCUGGAUGAGAGCAGAUGAUUGGUGCUAAUGAACAGAUCUUAAUGGGGAACUUGUGUUAUAUUCUACUUAUGUUAAAAUCAUGUGUUUGUCUAACACUCCCCUGCCCCUAAUCCCUCCCUCACUUCAUUGAUCCUCCCUCCCCUGAGUUCCCAAAUCAGUUACAUCUUCAGGAGCAAACUUAAAAACCAAAACAACAGCAGCACUAACAAAAUUACUGAAGAGAUUCUAGAUGUCUCUGGAAGAAGAAAGAUAGAUGUCUGUAGAAGUGGUGCAAUAUAUUACGUAAGAAUUAGGUAUGUGAAUUCUGGGCUUUACUGAAGUUCUUCAGUGUUCUUGAUUUGUGGGUUUUGUUUUUCUUUUUUUUUUUUUUAAGCAGCUUCCUCAUUUCUGUCUUCCUUUUUUUCCCCAAGUAAAACUGUUUUAUUGAUCAACUAAUGUAAAGGUUUAGAUAUUUUUGUUUGUUUAAAAAAAAAAGAGAGAAAAAUAAAUUCAGGCUGCUCUUCAAAAUUAAUCCCUAAUCCUUGUCAGUUCUAGCCAUGAUUUGGCUCUGUCUGUGGCUGUUAAUGUGUGACAUGGAUUCUGAACUGCCUGGAGUAAGGGAGAAUUUGGAGUAUGUGAUACAAAUUCUGGAUUGCAGACCUAGCAAGGCUGCGUCUUUUAACAUCCAGCGGGUCUUCACUUAUUUUUGUUUUCUUUUUGCAGCUACUCAGAACACCACUGGUAAUGUUGCAGCCAUGCAUUAACCAUUUUUUGCCUUCUAAGAAACCUUUUAUCUGGCCCCUCUCUGCCUGUGCAGUUUGUUGCAGUGUAGCAAAGAGGGAGGUGCUCUGCUGCAUAAAAGCUCUAUCCACUGCUGAGUUGUCACUGAAUGGCUGGUCUUGAGUGCACGUUGCAGCCAUCUUAAUCACAUUUUCAGUGCAGCUGAGACAGUGCAGUUUCAAAAUGGCUGACAAAGUGUUCAUUGCAGCAGUCUAGCUUGAUUGUAUGCAAAUGAGCAGAGCUGUUGGCAUCACAUGCUUCGGACCUUGGAGGGUCAAGAUGGAUAACACAGAUGAGCCUCAGAAAAAAGUCUUCAAAGCACGAAAAACAAUGAGAGCAAGUGAUCGACAACAACUUGAGGCCGUCUAUAAGGCUAAAGAAGACCUGCUGAAGACAACUGAAGUUAAACUGUUAAAUGGAAAGCAUGAGAACGGAGAUUCUGAUUUAAAUUCUCCUUUAAGCAAUACAGACUGUACAGAGGACAAGAGGGAAGUUAAUGGCCUAGUGGAUUCUAAUGAAAUUAGUGAAAUCAAAAGACCUGAAAGUAGGGCAGAAAGUGUAGUCAGUGACCUAGAACCUAAACCUCUCUCUCCAGUGAAUGUUACUCGUGAACAAGAUACUGAUGUUGCAUUAGUUUGUGAGGCUGAAAACAGAGUGCUUGGUAGCAAUAAAGUUAACUUCCAUGAAGAAAAUAACAUAAAAAAUCGUUUGGACCAAAGAGAGAGUGACACUCCAUCAGGUGAAAACAAAUCAAACUGUGAUAAUAGCUUCUCCCCUGAGGAGAAAGGAAAAACAAAUGAUAUAACUAUUAUUUCUAAUUCACCUGUUGAAGAGAAAAAGAAGGCUGGAGAAAUAAUUGUUGAAGAUACUGUUGGGGAAGAGGCUAUCUCUAGCAGUAUGGAAACUGACCAGGAACCAAAAAAUGAAAGAGAUGGCACUGCAGGUCUUUCAGAAACCGUAGUUGAGAAGGCAGUAGAUGAGUCAAGUGAAAGUAUCCUGGAGAAUACUGACUCUAUGGAAGCAGAUGAAAUUAUUCCAAUUUUGGAAAAACUAGCUCCUGCUGAAGAUGAGAUGAGCUGUUUUUCUAAAAGUGCUCUGCUUCCUGUGGAUGAUACAGCCCCAGAUUUAGAAGAGAAGAUGGACAACUGUUUGAGUUCACCAUUGAAGCAGGAAAGCAAUGAAAGUCUGCCAAAAGAGGCUUUCUUGGUACUGUCUGAUGAAGAGGAUCCUUGUGAUGAGAGGGAGCACGCUGAAGUGAUACUACCAAACAAAUCAGGUCUUCCAGAAGAGGUGGAAAAAAGUGAGGAAGAGGACAAAGAAAGAGAAGUGGUCCACAAAGAAGAAGAAAAACACACAGAGAGAGGUGAAGUGUCAAGAAGAAAGCGUUCAAAAUCUGAGGACAUGGACAGCGUACAUUCUAAACGGCGUCGAUUUGUUGGAGAAGAAGAUUAUGAAGCAGAAUUCCAAGUGAAAAUUACAGCCAGAAGAGAUGUUGACCAAAAGUUAGAAAAGGUUAUCCAGAGAGUGUUAGAAGAAAAACUUGCUGCUUUACAGUGUGCUGUAUUUGACAAGACUCUGGCAGACUUGAAAAUGCGAAUAGAGAAAGUAGAAUGUAACAAGAGGCAUAAAACUGUGCUUACUGAACUACAGGCUAAAAUCACUCGACUGACAAAGCGGUUUGGAGCUGCCAAGGAGGACAUGAAGAAAAAACAGGAGAAUACACCAAACCCAUCUCUGUCCUCAGGAAAAGCAGCAAGUAGCACUGCGAAUGCAAACAAUCUGACAUACCGAAAUAUUACCACGGUGAGGCAGAUGCUGGAAUCAAAGAGGAAUGUAGGAGAUAGUAAACCAGCAACUCUUCAAGCUCCUGUCAGUGCAGCACCAGCUUCCAGUCUUGCUGCUCCUCAGACACCUGCCAGUGGACAUCCUAAGCCUCAGACUCCAGUGACGUCUAGCCCUUUGACAACAACAGUUAUUUCCACGGCUAACACAGCUACAGUUGUAGGCACAAGUCAAGUGCCCAGUGGCAGCACUCAGCCAAUGUCUGUUUCAUUGCAGUCUUUGCCUGUAAUCUUGCACGUGCCUGUUGCAGUAUCAUCCCAGCCUCAGCUCCUUCAAGGCCAUGCAGGAACUUUGGUCACUAACCAGCAGUCAGGCAGCGUUGAAUUUAUAUCUGUACAGAGCUCAUCUACAGUUGGUAGCCUUACCAAAACUGCAGUAUCUUUGGCAUCUACUAACACAACUAAACCAAAUAACAGCCCAUCUGUAUCCAGUCCGGGUGUUCAGAGAAACUCUCCAGCCAGUGCUGGGUCUGUACGGACAACAUUAGCUGUACAAGCAGUUUCAACUACACAUCCUGUUGCACAAACCACAAGGACUUCUUUGCCCACAGUGGGUACUUCAGGACUUCAUAACUCUACCAGCAGUCGAGGUCCCAUACAUAUGAAGAUUCCCCUCUCUGCAUUUAAUAGUACAGCUCCUACUGAACCACCCACCAUUACAGCGCCCAGAGUUGAAAAUCAGACAAGCAGGCCACCAACAGAUUCUUCAGCGAACAAGAGAACAGCUGAGGGACCAACACAGAGCGUGAAGGUCACAGGAAGCGAUUCAGGAGGUGUCAUUGACCUUACACUGGAUGAUGAGGAUGAUGUCUCCUCUCAAGCAGAGGCCAAGAAGCAGAAUCAGACAGCUUCUACAGCACAGAGCAUCCCUACCCAGCCUUUGUCUCGCCCCCUACCACCUUUGCAACCAAACCCUCUGCAGCAAACAGGUGUGCCAACAAGUGGACCUUCCCAGACCACUAUACAUGUAUUACCUACAGCUCCGACAACAGUGAAUGUAACUCAUCGACCGGUGACUCAAACGGCUGCAAAACUUCCUAUACCACGAACCCCAACUAACCAUCAGGUGGUCUAUACCACUAUUCCUGCACCACCAGCUCAGAAUUCUGUAAGAGGAGCUGUCAUGCCAAGUCCAAGUUUAAGGCCAGUCAACCCACAGACCGGAAGCAUGACAGUACGAAUGCCUCAAACAACUGCAUAUGUUGUGAACAAUGGACUAACUCUUGGAUCUGGAGCACCUCAGCUUACAGUGCAUCAUCGACCACCACAAGUGCAUGCAGAGCCACCACGCCCUGUACAUCCUGCCCCGCUCCCAGAGGCACCACAGCCACCACGCCUGCCCCCUGAAGCUGCCAACACUUCUCUGCCUCAAAAACCACAGCUGAAGCUGGCACGAGUACAGAGCCAGAAUGGUAUUGUGCUGUCAUGGAGUGUCAUAGAAGUGGACCGGAGUUGUGCCAGUGUGGACAGUUACCAUCUCUACGCAUACCACGAGGACCCGAGUGCUACUAUGCCUUCCCAGUGGAAGAAGAUAGGGGAGGUGAAGGCCCUUCCACUACCUAUGGCAUGCACUCUUACUCAGUUUGUGUCUGGCAGCAAAUACUACUUCGCAGUCCGAGCAAAGGACAUCUAUGGCCGUUUUGGACCCUUCUGUGACCCCCAGUCUACAGAUGUGAUCUCCUCCCAGAGCAGUUAAACUGGAGUUCUUUGGAGCCUUUAAACCCAUCCUACUUCCAAAGGUUACCCUGGUUUUGAGGGGGUUGAUUUCAUGCAUGAAACUCACUUUUAGAUCCACUCUGCAGGAUUAAUUUAGACGGCUGUGCGAUACACUACAUACGUUGAGAACCAAAAGAAAAAUAAAGUCUCAAUUCCAGCAAGAGAACCUGUUUUUCUGGAUAGGUCAAGUCAUGGGCCAUUCAAAAAUUUCAUUUUCGUUCUGGUGACAGUUGUUCCUAGACAUCUACCUACUCUUUAUUCAAGGGCACAUUAGAUGCCUGGGAUUCUGCUUCAGAGCGGGAGCAAAAAUAGCAGUUUUUUUCUGAAGCUGAACUACAUAUGUAGUGCCUAUCAAGGCACUAACAUGAAGGCAAGAACAGAUUUGCCUCUUGUACCUAGCUCUCUGUGAGCAGGCUGUGGUAUGAAAGGUGAUUCAAGGUCUUACUUGUGUGCUGGAAGAUUGAGUGCUCUGUUCUUAAAUUACCAACAGUAAUCAGCUGUCUGAGGAGAGGGAAGGGAACUUUAAUCUGGCCAGGGAACCAGUGUCUGUGAAUUCGGAGAUGGUGUAGUGGGGGAAAAAAAUAAAUCACCCCACUACCUCCUACCUCUCCUAAAUAAGAGCUCUCCUCUACUGUCACCAUCUACGUCCAUUCACACUUGGAGCAUUCCUAGGACAGAUCUGAAACUGGACUGUAGAAAUCACAUUCACACCUCUCUAGCUCAGAUAAUUUUUCUGCCUCUCACCUUAUACAUCCAGCCCUGUUUUUUAGAUUUAUUUUGUGCCUUAAACAGUAAUUUCAGAAAUAAAUGUAGCCAGAUACCUUGUGGUGUUCAUUUGCUUGGAGUUACUUCUCCUUUUACCCCCCUAGACUUUCAUUACUGCUUCUCGUUUUCCUGGCCCAUAGUGAUUGUUUCUUUCUAUAAAGACCAGAAAGUGUAACAUCUACUGAUGCUGGACUCAUUUUUAUCUGUACUUGCAAUCAGCCCUUCCCUCACUGCAGUUAAUGAGUCAUCAUUUCUGUCCUGUGAAGAAUAUUAGAGUGUACAGACAGUAUUUUCCACCAGAGUCUUUUCCUCCUGUUCUUUUGGGAGAGCUCUAUGCUGCAUUUCAGCCAAAGAAACCUAUGUGAUGUAGCACCAUGAAAGCUUCUACUUGUUUGCACUCAGUUUAGGUGUUCAGUUGGUAAGAAAACGUACAAAGUUGGCUUCUUAGUUCUCUAUUCCAGUCACCUGCCUGCCUCUGCAGAAAGCUAACAUCCCCAGAGUAGUUUAGACACUGGCCCAAAAUUUGUGAGCAACUGCAAAUGUUCCUAGAAGCUUUCAUGAUGCUUCUGAGCUGAGAAAUCAAAACAGUGCAUCUGCCCCACUAUCCUGUUGACAUGUUCUUGAACUUUUUUUAUGCAUAACCAAAUUGUAAUACCUGGACGAGAAAGGAUAUGUAAGAUUUUUAUUUUGGCAUUUUUAAGAACAAGGACAGCGUCUUGUUCCUGUCCAGCAGAACCAAAUACUGGAUUUAGAAGGGAAAAUGUUUGGGCUUUUUUUAGAUUUACUUCACCAUCUGACAAAGCUGUAGACGUUACAUAUUUCUUAAUUCCAAUGCUGGCUGUCUUGAAAAAUUUAAAUACUAAGUAAGGUUGAAAAAGUCAUAAAAUAUGGCUAGUGAAAUGAUCUAUGUGAUAAUCAGUUCUUAAGUUGUGUUCCCUUCAAGAACAUUAUGUGAAAGAAACUCAGUUGUAGACUUUUGUCCAUACUACUUUACUGCACUCCUUCAUACAGCUGGGAUUGUUGCUUCCAUCAGGUGAGUAACAAAUACUGUCAGUAUGGGAGUUGUAUUGAUUUGGGUAAGCAAAAAUUCUGUCUCAGUCUAUGUAUCAUGAGAGAAGGUUUGCACUGAAUCUCACAUAUGAAAAGUGUUUUAACUUUUCUUUUGAAUAACAGUUCUCCCCAUAUUACUGGUGCCAAUGAUCAAUAAUGCCUUGAUUUUUUUCUAUAUGGAAUUAAAUGUUUUGUCUGCCUAUUUCAAGGACUAAUUAAUAAUUCAUUUACACUACUUAUGAAAAGUUGAGUCCUUACAAAGGAAGUUCUGUAGUAGAGGUUUCGAGCAGUUUCUUCCAGUUGAUGGCUGUUAAAGCAUCAGUUUACUUUAAUGUCUUUGAGGUGGUACCAAAGGGCUGUUGGCCGUAUCAGUACAAUGAGGUUUUAUAGUUUGAAAGUUAAAAUAAAUAUUAGAAUCCAACCUGGAAUUUAUGCUGCUUAUUGAAUUUUGAUUCCAACCUCAGCUAUACAUGAGCUUUUCUAUAGUUUGUGCUUGCUUUUAGAUCACAGUUGUUACUAGCUUUGUCUUGCUUGGGAUAGGCGGGUGGUGAGAGUCUUGUGUCACAAUUUUUUUUCCUUUCUCCAAUGGAGGUAAUAGUUGGGAUGGCCUGGUAUUGUGUGGAGGUUUUGUGGACUGCAUCUUUAGAGAGAAGACUCAUCUUUAUUUACUAAAGAAAGACAUUCUCAGCAGAAUUGAAGCUGGCUUCUUGCUUAAUAGUUGUUUCUGUUAUGUAUGGCAGAGCGCAGCUCAUUUUUGUGAAUAGAUAAAGCAAGUUAGCUACUGUUUGCUAAGUGAGGCCAUCACAGUUGUAGAGUGAAAGCAGAUAUCUCUUUCAUUGCAGCAGAGAUGUUAAGAUCCAAUUUCAGGAUCUUAAGCAAGUGCUGGUGGCUAAGUACAUGAUAAAGCAUAGCUGGAUUUUUCAGAUACUUUGCUCGGUUUGGAGACAUUGCAGGUAGCAGUUCUUAACACUGAUGUGCAGAGAACUGUGCCACUUCUGCAAAACUGUUUCACUGUGGAACAGAUACCUGCAGUGAGUACUUACCCCUUAUGUUAAUGAACGGGAGUAUUGCUUAACUCAGAUGGCACUUUUCCCAGUGUUUUGGAGUGGCUGUUUUUUAUUUAUCAUUUAACCUCCCAGAAACAAUAAAAAUAUUGGGAAACUGAAUUUCCACCAGUAACACAUUCAGAAAUAACUGGUUUCAUUUAAUAGAAUUUAUUUGAAAGUAUUACCAAAAUAUCUGGGAACAUUCAGUACAGGUCUGAUAAUACUGUGUUUUAGAAUGGAGCCAUCAUAAAAGUGUUGGUUACCAGAGGUUUCUAGUAUUUCAUUUUUAAAUAUGCUACAAGUCUCUACACAGCUUUCAAGUGGUAGACUAGAACAGUUCAGUUGGAAGGGAUCUACAGAGAUCAUGAAGUCCAAAUGGCUGACUGCUUCAGGGCCACAACCAAGAGUUGAAGCAUGUUGUUAAGCAUAUUAUCCAAAUGCCUCCCUGUACCUAAUGCAAGUUUUUCCAUCCUUAUUUUCAGUACCCUAGUAUAAAUUGUUCCUGGCUAAUGAGUUGUGUUGGUACCAUUGGGUACGUGACACGUUAGCUGCACCACCUCGGAUCUAGUUCUCCAUGUUUUGGCAAACACUGCACUGAUUCUACACUUUUUAUUUUCAUCAUUUUUCUGGUUUGGUUUAGGUUUGAUUUGUGCCUACAGGCAAGAAGUAACUUGAGUUAGUUCUGUUUCUGAUUGGAAGGAAGCCCUCCUGUGGAGUGCUGGUGGCAAAAUGCCAUUCCUUUUCUCUUAGUUACAGCUUCACUGGCCUCCUUUACCUCCGUACAAGUCUAAAAAAAGCUCUAUUGGAUUCAAAUAGCUAAACCUUAGGAAGGGUGUAGACUGUAGGUACAGCAUGUGUACUGCAGCUAAAGCAACAACUCGAGAAUAUGUAAGGGUGCAGAGGCAGGUUCCUCUCAGCCUGUGUUUACUUCUGUGCUCCAACUCAGCUUUCCUGAGAGUAGCAGUUGGUCUCAGCUCUGCUCCUUUCAGUUGUGCUUGCUACCCUUUAACACAUUAGAUCACUGAGCACUAGCAGUGACACACUCACACACCCAACGUUUUUAGCACAAGGCUGGAAAUGCCCAUGGUGUCUUCCCUGUAAAAUAAGGGGUCUUAUCCUGCUUCCUUUGAAAAUAAUGGCAAAACCCCCUCGUGCCUUCAGUGGGAGCUUGAUUGGGCCCAAUAGUAGGAUCUGAGCACUGUUUUGUACUAUAACAAAAUAUCUAUACACUUCUUCCUUUAUGCUGUUUGUCUUAAGCAUCCACUAAAUCAGAAUCUGUAUUAUAUGUAGGGACCAGGUCAGAUGUAUUCUUGCUCCCCAAACAGCCAUUCCCCAGUUCUAGACUAUUGUAUACACUGUACAAAAUCAAGCUGUGAUUCUGCCUUCUUAUAAACUUCAGUAUUUUCAUUUGCUCAAAAAUAUCUAUCCAGAUUUUUUAAAAUAGAAGCUUGAUAUAUUAAAUAUAUAUUUUUUUAAUUUGUUGGUUGGGGGAGGGGUGGGCAUUGUAUGAAAACACUGGAGAGGGGAGUUCAAAUGACAGUGACUGUGCCAGCCCUGCCACCAGAUCUGUGUUCCCUUCUGAAUACCUUCUGAGGGGCUAAGAAAUCGCUAAGAAAAAGCAAAUGAAUUGAUUUUUUCUUUUCCUCCCUUCUGCCCACCUGUUAGAAUGCAUCUUUAUGUCUCAUUGUCAUUGCGCAGGCUGAGCAUUCCUUUUUGUUUUGUUUUGUUCUAUUAUAUAUUAUAUGCACACACACACAUAUAUUUAUAUAUAUUUGAAGUGCUGUCUUAAUUUAAUGGGGUAUAUCUGUAAAUAAGACAACUGGGUAGUAACUGUUUGGGGAGUCCUGUUCAGCUGUUUUAAGUUCUUGGCUAUCGAGUUAAACAUGCAAAAUCCUUUGCCAGUAGCUCCAUCCGACUUCUUGUUUUGCUUUGCAGCUGGACUUGUAAAUACAAAAGGACUGCUUUUAUGUCCAAUUUAAACUGGGCAGUUGCAAGUUCUCCCCAUUUUUGUAUGUACUGUAGAUUAGUGUGUGUGUAUGUGUUAACUGUAGUGGGGUUUUGUCUGACAAGCCUGAAAUUUAUACUUUGAAAUAAACUACUGGGUUUUUAA